UGGCUUGCUGAGCUCCACUGGCUCACUUUUCUUGGGCUCUGAGCUAUAGUCAGUGACUUCAGCUCUGAGCUCCGGUGUCCUGAGCCUGAUUGACUACAAAGUGAAGGACUGUUGAGUGCUGUGGGGUGUGGAUCACGUUUUUCCAAUAGUAAGUGAAGAAGUCCAGUGUUGGUCCUCCCUCAGUCCUGAUGAAACCUAUUGGAUUUGAUUUGUUGUUCACCCACCGUGUGUUUGGGUUUCUUCUCCCCAGUCCCAGGCUGUGCCUCUCCUGCCACAGCGGCCAGCAUGGCAGGGUCCCUCUGCUCUCUGUCCAGGCAGAGGGCACAGAUGGACAUCUGGGAACAAAACAGGGAACUGCGCUCCCAGCUGGUGGAGGCUAAACAGCAGGUUCUGGACCUCAGGGAGAAACUGAACAUUUCCGAAUCAACUGCUUUCUCCCUGGCCAACCAGCUGCAGAAAUACAAGUGUGGCAAGUUCAGGGAUGUCCUGGAGUCCGUGCUGGGGGUGAGGCUGGACUUCUGGGAGGAGGAGUGGGCAGAGAUGCCGACCCUGGAGGACAAGCUCAGGUGA